ACUAUGGACCAGAGAAAUUAUUCUCGGGUGACUGAGUUUGUGUUGCUGGGACUCUCCAGUUCCUGGGAGCCCCAGUAUUUCUUCUUUGUGUUUUUUAACUUCUUGUAUGUCACCAUUUUGCUGGGAAAUCUCCUCAUUGUCCUCACAGUAAUUUCUGAACCUGCCCUGCACACAUCCAUGUACAUCAUGCUCAGUAACCUUUCUGUUCUUGAUGUGUUUCUGGCCACUUAUGGAACUCCCAAAAUGAUCCAUGAUUUCCUUCAUGAACACAAGACCAUCUCCUUUGAGGGCUGCAUGGCCCAGAUAUUCUUACUCCAUGUCUUUGCUGGUGGAGAAAUGAUGCUUCUUGUAGCCAUGGCAUACGACAGGUACGUAGCCAUAUGCAAACCUCUCCAUUAUCUGACCAUCAUGAACUUGCGCAAAUGUACAGGCCUAGUUGUCGGAUCUUGGUUCAUUGGGGUUAUGCACUCUCUGAGCCAGUUGGCUUUCACUGUGAACUUACCUUUCUGUGGCCCUAAUGUAGUGGAUAGUUAUUAUUGUGACCUUACUUUGGUCAUCAAACUUGCCUGUACAGAUACUUAUGUCCCUGAAGUGUUGAUGCUUUUGGACAGUGGUCUAACAGGGGUAACUUCAUUCUUGCUCUUGCUCAUCUCCUACAUGGUCAUCCUGGCCACUGUGCGACGUCAGUCUUCAAUGGGUAUGGCCAAGGCCCGCAGCACCCUGACGGCCCACAUCACUGUGGUGACCCUCUUCUUUGGGCCCUGCAUCUUCAUCUAUGCCUGGCCUUUCAGCAACUUCCCAGUCGAUAAGGUCCUUUCUGUGUUCUCUACGGUUUUCACACCUAUAUUGAACCCCAUUAUCUACACAUUGAGAAACAAAGAGGUAAAAUCAGCUAUGCAUAAACUGAAGAGCAGGUAUGUAAGUUCCCGGCUCCCUUUCUAGCAGUCUCUCAGAGGUUAGAUUUGUUGAACUGAGUAAGCAGAAGGAGACUUGAAUAAAUGUAGAUUUUACCUUUUUCUUGUGACC